UGAUAGUACAGAGAGAGACCAAACAGAAGUGACUGUGUCUACUUUGAUAAGAAGAACAAAAAUGCUUCGUUCCAUACGUUUCCGUGCAACCCUGGCUUGCGCCGCCCGCCGCUUCUCGGCGCAAGCUGCAGCAGCAGUAGCAGCGGCGGUGGAGAAAAAAGCCGCCGCCGCCGCCGCCGCCGCCUCAACGAAAAGCUCGGGCGAUGGCAGAGACACACUGGGUAGGAGGCUUAUGAGUCUGGUGUACGCAAAACGCAGCGCCGUCAUCGCCAUUCGGAAAUGGAAAGAAGAAGGCCACACUGUUCGCAAGUACGAUCUCAACCGCAUCGUCCGUCAGCUCCGCAAGCUCAGGCGUUACAAACACGCCCUCGAGAUUUGUGAAUGGAUGACAUUACAGCAAGAUAUCAGGCUGCAAACAGGUGACUAUGCAGUCCACUUGGACUUGAUUGCAAAAGUCCGUGGUGUAAACAGUGCAGAAAAAUUCUUUGAGGAUCUUCCUGAUAAAAUGACAGGCCAUCUCACGUGUUCAGCUCUUCUCCAUGUCUAUGUCCAAAACAAGUUGUCUGCCAAAGCUGAAGCUCUGAUGGAGAAAAUGUCCGAAUGCGGUUUCUUGAAGAAUUCCCUUCCUUACAACCACUUGCUUUCUCUGUAUAUCUCAAAUGGGCAGCUAGAGAAGGUCCCAGGAGUGAUUCAUGAACUAAAGCAGAACACUCUACCUGAUGUUAUUACCUACAAUCUAUGGUUAACAGCUUGUGCUUCCCAAAAUGAUGUUGAAACUGCAGAAAAAGUUUUCCUUGAGCUAAAGAAGCAAAAUAUAGUUCCAGAUUGGGUUACAUAUAGUGCACUAACCAACUUGUACAUAAAAAAAGCACUCCCUGAAAAAGCAUCAUAUACUUUGAAACAGAUGGAGAAAAAUGCUUUUCGGAAAAAUCGAGCUGCCUAUUCUUCUCUCUUAAGUUUGCAUACAAACAUGGGGGAUAAGGAUGAAGUUCAUCGAAUAUGGAAGAAGAUGAUAUCAUUAUAUCGUAAAAUGAGCGAUGCUGAGUAUACUUGCAUGUUAUCUUCACUAGUGAAACUUGGGGAGUUUGAAGAAGCUGAGAGUCUCUAUCGGGAGUGGGAAACAGUUUCUGGGACUGGUGAUGCUAGGGUUUCAAAUAUACUUCUUGCAGCCUACAUCAACCGGAACCAGAUGGAAAUGGCUGAAAAUUUUUACAAUCAAAUGGUAGAAAAAGGAAUCACUCCUUCUUACACUACUUGGGAGCUUCUUACAUGGGGUUAUUUAAAUCAGAAACAGAUGGAAAAGGUUUUAGACUAUUUUACCAAAGCUGUUGGUAGUGUGAAAAAGUGGAAUCCUGAUGAAAGGUUGGUUGGAGAAGUGUUUAAGAAAUUUGAGGAGCAAGGCAAUGUUGAAGGGGCAGAGAAAAUAUUGGUCAUUCUAAGGAAAGCUGGCCAUUUGAAUACUGAGGUAUAUAAUUCCCUACUACAAACUUAUGCUAAAGCUGGCAAAAUGCCACUUAUAGUAGCAGAACGGAUGGAGAAGGAUAAGGUUCAGUUGAAUGAGGAGACUCAUGAGCUCAUAAAAUUAACCAGUAAAAUGUGUGUCAGUGAAGCUUCUAUCACUUAUUCUUAAGUAGAGUGUCAAUGGAGGAAAAUUUUUUUGAGAUAAGAAGGGUUUCCAAAACUAAGCCUUACAGGCGAGUUGGUGGUUGGUUUAGGAUAUUCAUACACGAUGACAUCUCCACCCUAGUGUCUAUGACUGUCUUACCAUUCCAAAGGCAUUGGAAAAACAUGUUAGAAUGUGCUGUAGUAUGGCAAUGUUAUUAAUGUAUGCUAUAUCAGCUGCCUUCAAUUUCAAUGGACCAAUUUGUUCAGUUAAUUUCUCAUGACUAGAUAAAAUUAUAUCAAAACAGCAGGUUUUGUAGCA